AUGUCGAGAAAAAGAGCGGAGAUUAGCAAUCCCAGGCAUGACCUCCCUCUACAGAAUCCGUCGCCGGCCGCAGAGAGACGCGGAGAGCGCUCUAAUUGGUUUCCCUUGCCAUCAUCAGCGGCGAUUGCUCAAUUCCGCCGCCGUCGUUUCCUGACCUUCAGAUCUGCUUUCCUCUGCUUAAUCACCUUCGCCGUGGCCGCGGCUUUCAUUCUCUAUUCCAGUCGACUCGCGAAUUCACGUUUCAACUGGUUUGGUGAACCUGUACAGCCAGGCAACGUUUCCGGCGAGGUCUACCACUCGCUGGAGGUGUACGUGUACCCGGAGUACGACUAUGGAGGUCCUCCGAUUCAGAGCACGAUUUCUGGAAAGUACGCGAGUGAGGCAUAUUUCUUCAAGAACAUCAAAGAAAGCGCGUUUCUGACUAACGACCCUGAGCAGGCGCAUUUGUUCUUCAUCCCUAUUUCCUGCCACAGAUUACACCAAAAGGCUGAGUAUGGCGGUUGGGGUGUGGGCUCGUGGACAUUGAUGAUUACUGUGGUGAUCCUUAUGGUCUUUAUGCCUCUCGGGAUGGGACCCGGCCCAAUUAAGCCCCCCUCUUGGGCUAUGCUAAGUGUCAUUCCAGUGGUCUUGGCCGCUGUCCUAUUCUGCCUCAUCCAUGGCCCGGCAUACAAGAACCAAUAUGAGAUGAUUGAGAGGACUUUGGGAGCCGAUCAUUUUUCCCUGACCUGCCAUGACAUUGACGUUGGGGCAACUAAAAAGGUCCGAUUUCUGGCCAAGAAUGCAAUUCGGGUGGUGUUCUGCGAGUUAUGGUCAAUACUUGGUUAUUGGGCAGGGAACCGCAAUUCUAAGACGAGACAGAAACUGGUGAAGCGUUGGGGGAAAGAUAAGGAACUUGAUAUCCAGAACUCAACUGCUUAUGCUUCAGGCAGAAUGGAAAAAUUCUACAGGUCCAAGUUUUGCAUCUGUCCUGUUGGCUCAAGGGUCCGUAGCAAUCGCAUCACAAUGGCUAUUCACUAUGGAUGUGUACCUGAUAAUAAUUGA